AUGCCUCGCCACGGAGACGGCUCUUCUGACAACGGCCCCUUUGAGGGUACCGACCAUAACAUCGCUCACGGUUCUGGUAACAAGAACAUUGGUGACAAGGUCGCCCGUGCCGACAAGACGGCUCCCCUUCCCGAGGCGGAGCACGGCCAGGGACUGCACGACGCCAAUGCCAGUGGCGGACAGAGCCAAGGUCUCGCCAAGGGAGACAAUGUCGGCCAGGGUGGUCGAGGAUCAAAAUAA